UAUUCGUUCUGGAUGCCUUCUGGAUCUCUUCCUUCACAGUGCUUGUACGAUUCUCGAGAACAGGGCAUUAACAGCGAAGCAGAAGGAUCUCAGUUUGUCUCUUGUUAGUUGCGUUUUUAGUCAGUCAGAGUGGAGAAAAACAGAUCAGAAGUGAGAGCAGAGUGACCGGAAUGUAACAUAGCAUCAGCUGUCGUCCUGUGGACAUGGGUGAUGGUCGGAUCAGUGGUGACUUUUAGCUGGCUGAUAAAAAAAUAUAGCUAGGUUAAUGAACUGGACCAGGCGGCCAAGGUGAACCAUCCAUCAGCCGACUGAGUCAUCGCAUCAUUAGUAUAUUCAGAAUGGUAACCUUAUUAGCCACCAAGUCAGCCAACUAGACUGUAUCCAGAAGUAUUAUUCCAAAAUGCGUUUUAAUGAAAAAGAGCUCAUCUUCCUGAGUCGACAGCCCUCUGAGAGGGCGGCGGAGUUGGGGAUGAGGGGACCCAAGAAAGGCGACGUCAUGAAGAGGCGACUUGUGAAGCUUAUAGUGAAUUUCCUGUUUUAUUUUCGCACAGAUGAGGAGGAGCCGAUUGGGGCUUUACUGCUAGAACAGUGUCGAGUUGAGAGAGAAGAUGAUAUGGCCUUCUCCAUUGCUUUUCUAGAUGAGGCUGAGAGAAAAUACCUGUUUGAAUGUGACUCUCAGGAGCAGUGCCUUGAGUGGAUAGAUGCCAUCAUUAAGGCUAGCUAUGAGUUCAUGCGUAAGAACCUCAUCUUCUAUCGUUCUGAGAUCCAUCGACUCACUGGCAAGGACCCAUUGGAGCAGUAUGGGAUUUCAGAUGAGACUCGCUUCCAGGUCAGCAGCGGGCUUCCUCCUCUGCCCCCUCCCCCCACAUAACCCAGUCCAACGAGUCAGAGCAGAAACUACCCACCAUGUAUGUGUAGAGCAUUUUCAAAAGAACUGAAAGACUGCUGUUUUUUUCUUUUUUCUUUUCCAGACAUUUCUAAAUGUAACAUUGCCACUUUUUCCACUUCAUUGUCUGAUUUACAGAUUUGUAGCUUUAUCACUGUUUUUUUAAAUGAUUGUAUAGUUAUAUGUUGGUAGUUGUCAGUUGGUUUUAUACAUAAUGGCACUGUUAUGAAUAUCAGCUGAGAAUGAGCCAGUAGCAUUUUAAUGCAUUUUUAUAAACAGGUCAUUUUCUUUGCUUUGCUGUCAGUCUGAUGGCCUUUGUGCUUGUUGUCAGGUGCAACACUUUUCAACUGUGAGAUGACAUGCUUAGGAAAGUUCUAUUGACCACAGGUUAGACCAUAGUUAUAUUGGUCACUGCUUUAUGAUUGUACAGCAGAGGCAGUAUGCUGUCUUAUGGGUGGUAUGGGCUGCUUGUGGUUUCCCUGUUUUGCAUUUUGCGACACCUUUAGACACCACUUCCCAUGACUCAUGCUUCAUUUUGCAUGACAGAACCUUCAUUGCUUUGUUUUAUGCAGUUUGUUAGUUUAAACGCAACAUUUCAUAUGGCACUAGGUCUAUCUACAGUAGUUUAACUUAAGCUGAAUGUCUAUCAGUUAUGACUUAAUUUUGCACAGUUUUCCAUAAUCCUUGAAUUUACACCACUCUUUUCAGAAUUUAAUGCCUCAUCUUCUACUACUAUGUGUAAUUACACUGCAAGAGCAACACUGGCAUAUGAAGUAGUUGGACAGUGUGAGCAUUGCAAAUCAUUUGUAAAUGAUGGGCAUUAGAAGUGAAACUAAGAGCAACUAUAGAGUCUCUCUCCUGUUUACUAACACAGCCUGUUCCCAGUAGCUCACAGCCCCCCCCCCCCACCCCCCAAAAAGCUGAUUUAUAAUGUUUUGCCCUUACCCUAAACAGCAGCCAAAAGGCAAGUUGUUGUCUUAGUUAGUUUUCCAUUGGAUCUACUAGGCUAAAAUAGCCAAUGUAAGGUGAGACUUUGCAAUCCAAAAUUGUUUUGGGUGACGUACCCACUUACAAAAGAUGGUUCUUCAAGUGUUCUUUAGUAAAGGUAGUAGUUCUUGCUAGAACUAUGAGUUCUGUAUAGAACCAUUUUAUGCUUAAAUGGUUCUUUGCAUGGUGAAACGGUUCUUCAGAUUGAUGGAUAAUGUGCUUUUUUAAAUGGUUGUAUGUAGCACCAAAAAUUGUUCUACUAUUGUUACAGUGUCAAGCUUAUAAUGACCAUUUUCAAAAGAGUUCUAUAUAGAACCAUAUACAACACAUUCUCCAUCAAUCUGAAGAACCAUUUCACCAUGCAGAGAACCAUGCAGAUGGUUCUAUAUAGAACUAUAUAGAACUCAUUCUAAACAGAACCCUUGCCUUGACUAAAGAAACCUUGAAAAAUCAUUUUUUAAGUGUGUAUACUUAUAUUAUGUUAGUCUUGUAGCUCCAGUGCAAAAUGAAAGAAGCAAACUAAGAACACCAAAUAUGUCUUUGCUGAUUGGCUACAUUUAGGAUAAGGGCAAAAUUAUGUAAAUUAGAUUUUUUUUUCACUAAAAAAUUUUAUUCCUUUCCACUGUACUAAGUAACAGAACUUUUGGCACCAAAAAAAUGUAACUGCUUUUUUCUAUUGCCCAUGAGUCCAGUAGCGAAGAUUCCAGUUGUUUGUUUUUGGUACCUGUUCAAGAUUGGUACCAGCAGGACCUAAUGGUACUCGAGGGUACUGUCCUUUGUGUUUGCUAACAGUUGCAGCUAAAACAAACAACAUUUUAGCGAAUUAUUUACUGUUCCAGGUGAAGAUGAAGUCACCAAGUACAACUGCAUGACCAAAAAUUCGAACUAGAAUGGAAUAGUAUGGUUUUACUUUGUAAAGGUGGCAUGAGCUAGUUUGGAAUCUAACACUAUUAGCAUUCAUGCUAGCCUCCACAGAAAGAGUGUUUUUGCUCAUGUUUUCACACUCUCAAGGGAAAAAAAAAUAUGACCUUCUACACGUGACACUGUGUAAUUGUAGACAGUGUGGGAGUGCAGAAAAAUCAUGCUGUAUUAUUAUUUCAACACAACUAGCAUUAAGUAAAGAUUAGCAAGGUAGCUAAUGCAUCAGUUCCUACUCUUAAGAGAAAAAAAGUGAAGCUUUAUUUCAUUCUACAUGUGUCAAUGUAAAGUUAGACCCAUUUGUGAGUGUGUGCAUUAUAUUGUUUCAUGUAAGUUGGCUAAUAAGUUAGAUUUGAUGCUUUAUAAUGGCAUAAAAUGACCUGUUUGACUGACUUCUGGUUUUUGAAUGUGCAGUAGAAAACACCUUAAGAAAAGUAAUACUAUAACCCAUAUUUUUCUUAUGGACUGCAAGGUUGCACGUUUAAGUCAAAUCACAAUUCUGUUAAUAAACUUGAAUGGUCUCUCUCGAAGAAUGCUUCAAACCCAUGUUUCACAACUGUAAGCCUACAGCGGGAUCCAUGUGUGUUUCAUCUUUGAUAUCUUUUUGUGUGUUUCAUUUUACAAUUCAAAAAUCUUUAUUUUAUGUUUUUUUUUUUUAAUAAAGCAUUUUUCAAAAACUA